GGCUCUGGAGAGCUUGACGUGAGCUGCUGCUCUGCGCAUGCUCGGAGCGCCCGCGGAAAUUCAAACGCUCGAGCUCAGCUGACAGACGCAGACGUUUGAAAAAUCCACAAACUCUGACACGGUUAUUUUACUGAGGUGUUAACAUGGAAAAUCAAAAGAGACCGAGAGAUCCACUGGAGGAAAACCCCUCAGCCUCUAGUGAACUUGAAAAUGUGUUGAAGAAAAGGCGGCUGGUAGCAGGGGGAGAGGAGAACCUGGACCCCAAGAAAUCCCCUGCCAGGACACGCUUGAGAUUGGCAGAGCUGGAGGUGAAACCAGACACUCCUGCCAUAGCCUCCAUUCGCUCCAGAGUCCAGCAACUCAGCCAGAGACGAGAUGGUGGGACUGGGUUAGUCCAGCGCUGCCUGUCUGACCCCGGGUCCGAGGGUUGCACCGGCAGCGUGUCCUCGCAGAUCUGUCACAUCGGUGAGGGAGAGUUUAGCUCUCGCCUGCAGCGCUUCAAAGCUCCAACCCCACUGAACAGCCCCGGUCGCUCCACCCCCUGCACACGCAAUCUCUCCAGCUUUGUGCAUGGCAUUCAAAAGCAGCUGAACACUGCAGUGACACCCAGCAAUAAAGAGGCCUCCCGUAUCCGCCAGGCACGUGAGGAUGAGUUGCGUCAGUUGAAGGUUCAGCCAGUGGCAGAAAACAUUUGGUUGAAGAGGAGUCUGUCUGACUCCUCCCUCACUGAGAGGGCAUCUCCAUCCACAUCCUCUCCCUGGGUUUACAGGAAAAAUCGAAAACCCCAGUGGCCUCCAUUACAGCCUGGGAGUGACGAGUUAAAGGGAACUGAAUUCAUCUCAUGUGACCUUGACAGUAAGGUAUUUGAUGGAAGCCUGGACACCACACCGCCAUGUUCUGUGGACAUCCGUUUCCCCAGUGAAGAACUUUAUAUAUCGACAGAACCUGGGACUUUGAACACUUCCGCUCUAAUUGAUAAGAUGUUUGAAGAUGUCCUGCAGCAUGCAGACAAGGAAGCUGAAGGUGAAGAUGGAAAUAAGGAAGAGGAGGUGGAGAGAGAUGAGAGCAAUUCUUCAGAGACUGAAAAGGAAGACAAAACAGAAUCGGACACAGCUGAAAAGGAAGACAAACAGGAACCGGUCACUGUCACAUUAAAUGAGGAUCCUCUUGACCAGAGUGAGAUGUGUGAAGAGAGUGAAGAAACUCCAGAAGUCAAUUCUUCAACAGAUAAAGAGGAGCUCCAGUCUGUUGACGAUGGUGAAGGAGAAAUGAAGGAAGAGAAGGAUAGCGCCACCAUGGGUGAUGAGGACUUUCUAACCCUGCCGCCCAGCUGUAUUCUUUCUCCUCUCAGCAAAUAUGUGGAGGCUGUUGUCACACCACUGAAGAUUGAAAUCACAGCGUCUGAGCCAUCAGUACAACCGCCCUCACCUGAAGAAAUGACAGCUAGUCCUGCUGACAGCGUUCCACCUUUAUACAGCAUUGACACCUACCGCUCACAAAGGAAGAUCCACGCCUCUUCUACUCAGAGCUUGACACCUGGAGUUCAGAAGCAGGUUCAAGAGAAGACCUGCUCAAAAAAGCCCAUCAACAUCAAGGAGAGAAUUAAGGUGUUAAACGAGGAGGCAGCCAAGUUGCAGACAAUCAUCACACAGACGCUGCAGGCUCUGAGCUGUUGCAGUGAUGAGGAACAUGGGAAAGGUUCCCAGCAGGAGGCCGAGGCUGAGAAACUCCUGCUUGUCUCCAGUGAGAAGCGAGCAGCCUUACUGGCUGAGGUCAGCAGGCUGAGAGAGGGUGAGUCUGGUGAACCAGACUCCCAGAAUGCACCUCUGCAACCCUGCAGAGGCACAGUCAGCAUCGGCAGCAUCCAGCUGCCCCUCAAGGUGGAGUUUGUGUGCUCAGCUCGCACAGGCCGUCCAACGCACUACUUCUUCGUUUUGAUCCGUUAUGGCCCAUGUAAUAUUGUGGCAACGCCUUUGGCUACAGCUGCUGAUGCCCAAAAUGGAGACACCAUCACCUUCCCGACUUCUAUUACACUACAAGACAUUCGCUCCAGUUUUGAGAUUGAUGUUGAGGUCUACAGUUUGUCCAGUACUCAGAGUAAUACCUGCAGUAUGAAUGCUCAGCAGUUCCGCAGCUCAACAAAGUCAAGGGUGACACCCAAGAAGAUUCUCCACAGCAUCACAAAAUCUAACCAGAGUGUGACUUCUGCUACUCUGCCUGGUCUGAGUGCCCAGCGCUCUAGUAACUUCACAUUAGUGGGCUCUCACAAGAUUACCCUGAAUUCACUGGGACAGAGCAAGUUCCCUCUUGACAAGAUGAAAUUUGAAGGCAAAAUCAGGCGACUCCUUGGAGAUGAGUUUCAGGAAAAGGUUCCCUUUCUCUCUCCUCUAGAGGGUCACAUCUAUCUGCGGCUGCACCAUGAGGGCCACUCCAACGUCCAGCAUCAGGGCUUUUUGACCAUGUUUGAGGAUGUGAAUGGCUUUGGAGCUUGGCAGAGGUUCUACUUCCUUCUGGAAGGAGGACACCUGCUCUACUGGAACUACCCGAAUGAGAUGGGCAACAAGCCAGCAGAUGGAAGUCUCUCUCUCUUUGGCUUCUGCAGUGUCAGGCCUGUGGAGCGAGAGUGUUGUGCACGGCCCCACACCUUUGAAUUAGUAGAGACUAACACCCUCCAGCAAGAGCACAGCCAGACCUUGAAGAAGUGCUGGUUUUCAGCGGACACACGGGAGGAGAGGUCUGACUGGAUGGAGAAACUGAAUCAGAUCUUACUGGACUCUGUAACGUGGAAUAGGAUGCCUGUCUCUAACGAUAACAGGGCCAGCACGUCCUCUAACACCGGAAACUCUCGUGAGAGUAUCCUGUAACACAACACACAUGUGAACCCUCACCAUGUAACACUAAGAAAGGAGAUCUCAGAGAAGAUCAUAUGCGGCACUAAAAAUAUACAUGAAGAGCUUCUGAGAAUAGAAGCAGCCAAACAGAACUGUUUUACAUAAGAGCAUCAAAAUCUACAUAAAUGCAUACUACUUUGUUAGAUGCAUACAUUAUAGUGGCUUAUUUAAGAUUUCUGAUCUGUCAUUACAUCUUAUAGAUUGUGCUAUAUUUUAGAAUGGUUUACCACACUGUAAGGAUAGAUGGAUUUGCCAUUGCCAUUAAUUUUCAGGUAAACCAUGUAGUAAGAGCAGUCUGGUUUGAAUGCAUGAGGUAAGUCUCCAAAGUGCCUAUUUGAAUGUUUAUUUAUCUCCUGCCUUAUUCAGACAGUUGCUUAUGAUUGAAUGAUCAACUGAAAUGCUUUACAUUUUAAUGCAAUAAUCUGUUUCAGAUUAUGCUUAUGUAUGAGGGUGUCCUUUAUUACAUGGUAUAGUUAAGUUUACUGCAUUUGUCUGCCUUUUUAUGUUUAUUGCUUUUUCAAUUACUCUGGGAACAAUUUAUGUGACUGUAAAACUGCAGUCUUCAUCUAGAAGGGAGAAUCGUUUUUAUUUGAAUGUAGAAAAUAUGAAGUAUGUCCUGAAUUGUAUAGCAAUUUGUCUGGGAGGACAUUUUCAUAGUAAGCCUCCUUGGGUUUUGAUUUUGAAAAACAUUGAUUGUUUACUACAAAAAUGCUUUUGGUAGUACCUGACCAUGCGUUAUAUCCAGUGAGGUGUGUAUUAUAUUUUUAGGAGACCGUCUGGCCAACAUAAACUAAACGAUUGAGUUUAUACCUAAUCUGAUGGUCGUUUGGGGUUCUUGGGUUAAAAUCUGGAAUGUGCAAGUAUAAGAAUAACACUACAGAGCUGUCAGUCUGAAAAUGCCGUAUGAUAAUUCAUGCAGGGGGAGAGAGAGUGAUGUACAACCUUAUGACUUCUUUGAGCUUUAUUUGAAGCUUCAGUGCGUUGUAUCUGUUUGUUUUCACUCUAGGGACUGUGAAACUGAUAGGAAGCUUUUCUGUGCCAUGUCUAUCCCAUAUAUGCGUUUUUGCCAAGAGUCUCAUACUAUUACUAUGUUAAACUAUAUAAAACUAUAUGAAAUAUCCUGGUAAAGGUACUACAAAAUAAAUAUGGCUGUUAAA